AUGAAAAACGGUAAUGAUGCUCAGCCAAAACAGAAAAAGAUCGUUUACAUCAACAAAUUCGAUUUCCCAGAGGAUCCUUCUAAGAAAAUCUUUCUACCUAAGAAACAGAGCCAAUUAUUAUCUCUCGCUACAGAUGCAUUAGAUUUACCAAGAGAUGCUCAACAAGUUUUUGAUACUGAUGGAAAUGUUAUUACAAACAUUGACGAUAUUCAACCAAAACAAAAGCUAUUAAUAUCUUGUACAAAACCUUUACCUGAUCCAGAGUUAGAACCAAAAUACAAGUCUAGACAGCCUACUGGACGAUCAAUACGCCCAGUCAUUAUACCAAAGCAACCAGAUGUUAUACCACCACGCGACGACGCAGAAAUUCAACAAUCUUUAGCUUUUCGGAACAUUUCUGUUAAAGAAGGAAUUAGGAAUUCAUUAGUAUCACUAUACAAUAACUUAUCUCCUCAGCAUAAAGCUCAGCUCGAAAGUUCCGAGGCAUUAAAACAAUUAAACGAACAAAACGCGAAAUAUUUGUUUGAUACAUAUCUGUCUAAGCAUUUUAUUUGCCCUACAUUACAAUUAGAUGAUAAUGAUAUCGGAAAAAUGACUUGGAAUAGGGUUCUCUUAAUUUUGCAACUCCUGACACAUACGCGCCGUAGCCAUGGCCAUCACCACCACCUGCAGGUCCGUAAGAUUCGAUAA